GGAAACAUCCAAUCUUUCUUCUGCCUCGAAUCUUCCUUCGAAAUGCUUACGCAAGUCCUCGUCCCGCUACUGCUUACCGGCUAUGCCAGCGCGAUCGCAGUUAGAUUAUACAAUUACGAUGGGGCUAACAUGGCCUAUUCGGUGAAUGCCGACGGCAGUUGCUUCUCCCUUAGUGGCGGCACCCUCCAGCAAUUCAACGACAAACUCAAGGCAAUGGACAUUCCAAGCGGCUACCAGUGUGUUCUUUGGGAUAACUUCAAUUGCAAUGGCAAACACACCAACAGCAUCGGUGGAUUCCCACAAAUCAGCCAAGUCUGCAAAGGCGUUUAUCACAACGACUUGAACUAUGACUGGUCCGCAACCGCCUCUUCUUUCAAAUGCUGUCCGGCGGGCCCGGAUCCGGGCUGGUGUGCUGGGUCAAUUCCAUACUGUACUUGA